UUCUCAAUUUUGACACAGUCUUCAGGAAAAAAGAACAUGGCUGUAAUACGCCAGUGUACCCGGUGAUGCUAACUGCCAUAUCUCAGUCCCUGACACUUCGUACUCCCCUUAUUCCCAGCAGAGAGAAGAGCAGUAUGAGACCUGAGAACCAGAGCAGUGUGUCUGAAUUCCUCCUCCUGGGGCUCCCCAUCCAGCCAGAGCAGCAGGGCAUGUUUUUUGCCCUGUUCCUGGGCAUGUACCUCACCAUGGUGAAGGGGAACCUGCUCAUCAUCUUGCUCAUCAGGCUAGACUCUCGCCUCCACACCCCUAUGUACUUCUUCCUCAGCCACGUGGCCUUUUCUGAUGUCUCUUUCUCAUCUGUCACCAUCCCAAAGAUGUUGAUAAACAUGCAUACUCAAGAUCAGUCCAUCCCCUAUGUAGACUGCAUUUCACAGAUGUAUUUUUUCACUUUUUUUGUUUGUCUUAACAAUUUACUUCUCAUAGUGAUAGCAUAUGACAGGUUUGUGGCCAUCUGUCACCCACUGCACUACACCACCAUCAUGAGGGAGGAGCUGUGCAUCUUAUUGGUGGUUGGGUUCCGGUUCUUUUCUUGUGUCCACGUCCUGUUACACACCCUUCUCCUGUCCCGCUUGUCCUUCUGUGCUGACAACACCAUCCCCUACUUCUUCUGUGACCUUACUGCCCUCCUUAAGCUGACCUCCUCAGCCAUCUACCUCAAGGAGCUAGUUAUCUUCACUGAGGGGGGAGUGCUUGUCGUCUUGCCAUUGAGUGCUAUUUUGGGCUCUUACGUCAGCAUUGGGGCCACCAUCCUGAAGGUCCCCUCCACCAAGUGGAUCUGCAAAGCCUUGUCCACCUGUGGCUCCCACCUUUCUGUGGUGUUUCUGUAUUAUGGGACUCUUGCAAUUAUUUACUUCUUUCCUUCAUCAAACAAUUCCCAAAUCAAGGACAUAAUAGCUUCAGUUAUGUAUACAGUAGUGACCGCCAUGCUGAACCCCUUCAUCUACAACCUGAGGAACAGAGACAUGAAAUUGGCUCUGGGGAUGCUUUACAAAGGGUAGGAUUAUUUUUGCCAAAUGACAGUUACCUAUUCAUGUUUUUUGUUCUCCUUGUGAUGCUUCCAGUGAUGCCUCCUUGA